AUGGCGAAACGAGCUUGUGAUGGCUGUAGACGUCGAAAGGUCAAGUGCGACGGCAAAAGCCCCCAGUGUUCCAACUGCUGUAUGUCCUCUUUGAACUGCGAAUAUACUAUACCGGCAAAGAAAAGAGGGCCUCCGUUUCGGUUACACAAACAAAACCAUCGGCGUACACCCGAAACCAACAGCAACGGUUCACUGUUGGUUACCGAAGAUUCGUCGUCGAGUGCUCACCAGGAAAGUCCUUCUGUCCCAGAUUGCGCCUCGAUAGAGCCCCAAGAGUCACAGUUUCUACGACCUUCUGAAGAGCCGAAAUGGAGCCCCUUUCGCGAAGCUCAAAAUGAACUUAUGUCAACUCUCGGCAAAGCUCUUCCCUACGCGCCACUAGAGGAUGUACUGAAUACCUGCAUUGAUCUGUACAUGCAGUGGGAAUUCCCGACAGGGCCCGUCAUCUGCGAGCCCAUGGUCCGGAGGGCAGUACCCCUAGUGGUCCCAAUUCUCCGGGGCGAGACCUCGGUUCCCAGCCUUUCGGUUCCCGGCCAGCCCACUUCUGACGUAUCGACCAUACGGGCUUUCGCAUUAUUGACCGGACUCUGCUCGUUUGUAUCGGCAAGUCUGAACAGCCAAGUAUUCUCCUCGGGUAGUGUCUUGGCAUGGCCGUUUCUGCGGACGUCACGCGAGGCUCUACGGCUUUAUCAAGACUACGACGUUGAGCAUCCUGAAAGCAGCUCGGUCAUUAUCCGGUAUUUCCACUCUAACGCUCUCCAUGCUCUUGGGAAGACACGCGUAUCCUGGCAUGUUAUGGGCGAAGCUCUACGCUUGGUCCAGGAGAUGCGUCUGUAUGAAGAGAAGAGCUUUCAUAAUCUCGAGUGGCCCGAGGUUCACCUGAGGAGAAAUGCCUUUUGGCAUCUCUAUAUCGGCGACAAGUCUGCGUCGAUUCUCAACAAGGUUCCCAUUUCAUUACAUCAAAUGUGUCUGGAUACGCCGAUAACCACCACUUUUGACGAGAAUCUAGUCUGUAGGCUUAUGGAUUCCAGUCAAGACGAAAGUAACAUCGCGUUUGAAAACCAGUUACGCCCGGGGGUCUACCUUUGCUUCCGCCUCUGGUACACCGCAUCAGAAAUGCUCAUCGACUUGAACUUGCUUUCGCGCUUGCAAACUAGGGACGAAGGUCUGGGCACGCCGCCUGUAGUGUCGGACACUUCGACCCUGAGGGCAAGCAUAAUGCAAUCUUACUUCGAUUUCACCAGCAUCCUUCACAACUGUCCUCUUUGGAUACGAGACCCUGCUUCCGCCAGGGACAACUCGCCAAAUGAGACGAUAGCCCAGUUUCGAAUCCGCUCUUUCGCCACUCAAAAGGCAAAUCUUUUUGUCACGUUCCACGCCCUUCGGAUAGCCUUACUAACACGUUUUGUCGAACGGGGCUUCGCCGAUAUUCUGGGAUUGACGAACGAUCCGGCCAUGAUUUCUCUACGUAAAGUGGAGAUUGCAAGCGAGCUGCUAGAUGUCGUGACUGAGAUACCUUUCGAGGCCCUGUUGGCCAACGGCGAACCGUGUGUAGAAAAACUACGGCAAGUUGGCGUCGCCCUUCUCGAAAUCAUGCAUAGCGUCGGCAGCGAGUCAAUCUCUACUCGCGCCAAGUCCCUUUUUAGCACUCUCCUAGACAUUCUUGCCCGGCUGAAUUCCAGAGUCUCGGAUGAGCUGAGCAACGACUGCGAGUCAUAA